AUGAUAACGACAUCGAUUCUUCGCAUCUCGAUCUACGUAGAUCGAGAUGAGAUUCCAGAGGAAUCGUUCGGCGAGCGGAGCACCGUGUAUCCAGGAAGGGCAGAUCUUGAAAGUAUUGUAGCAAAAGAAUUGCUUCUUGACGGAGAACUUCAAGCGACCGUGCCGACUCAAGCUACCGAAAGUCGCUCUCAUGGAGAUUCUCUUCGAAGCCAAUCCGUUACGCGUCUUGAAGUUCGAUCAACUCAUCACACCACCGUGGAUGAGGAAGGCAUAGCUCUCACUCGGCUGAGCGCGGUCUCUGAGUACUCGACGGACGACUUAGGGAUAGCAGAUCAGACGAAUCCGCCAUUGGACAACGAAACGGCACCGAAUAGCCCGGUUUGGGAAGGUAAAGAGGAAUUGCGACCACCAAGCGAUGGCAAAAUGCUUGUCUUAGCGUCGACAUUGGCCAAGACGAGGGAUGCAUUGCGGAAGGCAGCACGCACACACUCACAGAACAACAUGGAUCUCGUCGAAGUGGACUUCCAGCCUUUCAAGGGAAAUUGA